GAAGGACAGUCUAUUAGAAGUUGUUGAGAAGAGUGAAUAUAAGCAACAACCCGCGGCGAAUGGUUCACAAUGAAUUCUCCCAAGGGACCCGUUGCGUGUGAAACGGCAGCUCGCGAAAAAUUGGACUCGGAGAGCGAGGAAAGUCACGAGCCGAAAGAUAUGACCGCUGACAUGGGACAUAAAGUGAAGAAACAUUUCCUUCCGUUCAGCGUUGAAUCGCUGAUGGCGAAAUCAAGCUGCCAGGUGACGUGCUCUCCUGUUCUCCCGCAGAGACUGGGACAGCAGGACUUUGUUAGGACUUACUUUGUGGACAAAACGAAAGUUUCUGUGGACAGUUUGUCAACUGUGUCGGACAGCCUAAACGACGAAAGUGAAGAAUUGAGCGAUAAGGAACAGAGCACUUGUUUAAACUCAUCUUUCACAUCUAAUCCUCGUCACCCGAGCCCAGCGUCGUGCCCCUUACGCAAGCACAAGACGAACAGAAAGCCGCGCACGCCCUUCAGCACCUCGCAGCUGCUCUCACUGGAGCGCAAGUUCCGACAGAAACAGUACCUCUCCAUCGCCGAACGGGCCGAGUUCUCCAACUCCCUCAACCUCACCGAGACUCAGGUCAAGAUCUGGUUCCAGAACAGGAGGGCGAAGGCCAAGAGACUUCAGGAGGCCGAGCUGGAAAAGUUCAAAUGCGCCUCCAAACCGCUUCUGGCACCGUUCGCGCUGCCCUUUCCUUUGGGAUCUCCAUCUCUCUACGGACCUGCAGCCUCUUUCCCACGGCCGGUGCCCAUGCCAGGACUAUAUAACGGACCUUACGGGAUGUAUUAUUUUUCUUAAAAACUUUUAGCCGAUGGCUUCUUCCAAACGCUGAAUUUCUAUAAAAGUUUUAUACAGUAUAUUUGUCCACCAUGCGCACAAAAAAAAAAAAAAAAAAAAAUCAAAAAGGGCAAAUUGUGCCAUAAUAGCAUUACAGUAUUCUUGUUACUCUAUGAGUACAUAAUUAGUAUAAUUGCGAGAUACUAAUGAACAACAUGUUGGCCUACUUACUGUGUGAUUACAUAGUUAUUGCAAUUACUAAAGUAAUUCAUUAUAGUAUCAUGUAAUAUGAACAUGCGCACUGCAAUGCAAUGCAAAGUUACCUUUGCGUUCAGUAAUUACUGAAUCUCUAAAUUCACAUGAAAUCAUCCCUCAAAUAACGAAAUGGAUGGAAGCGAGCUCCUGUACUAUAUUUUAGUGUUUUCUUCUCUAUUGUAUAUUGACGUGCUCUUGUAGAGCAUGUAUAUGUGUUUUAAUACUGUUUUAAGAACAUUUUAACUGUAUCCGUCAUUUGACGAAAUACUUAUGGGCCUUAUGUUGGAAGUGCCUUGAGAGA